AUGUCGGGCGGACUUGCUGGAUUGCAACUUACCGAAGACGAUGUGACCAAGUUCCUGGCUAGUGGAACCCACCUGGGCACUAACAACCUGGACUUCCAGAUGGAGACCUAUGUGCACAAGCGCCGAAAUGACGGUGUGCACAUCAUCAACAUCCGCAAGACCUGGGAGAAGAUCUUGCUCGCUGCGCGUGCCAUCGUGGCCAUUGAGAACCCGGCUGACAUCUUCGUCAUCUCCAGCCGUCCUUUUGGCCAACGUGCGGUGCUCAAGUUCGCUUCGGCCACCAAGGCCACUCCCAUCGCUGGCCGAUUCACUCCUGGUACCUUCACUAACCAGAGCCGAAGCGAGUCCUUCCGCGAGCCUCGCCUGCUGAUCGUCUGCGACCCACGCACCGACCACCAGCCCAUCACCGAGGCCUCGUACGUGAACAUCCCGGUGAUUGCGCUGUGCAACACCGACUCGCCGCUGCGCUACGUCGAUGUGGCCAUCCCCUGCAACAACAAGGGCAUCCACUCCAUCGGUCUGAUGCUCUGGAUGCUGGCCCGUGAGGUGCUUCGCAUGCGCGGAGCCCUCUCCCGCACCACUCCCUGGGAGGUCAUGGUGGACAUGUACUUUUACCGCGAGGCCGAGGAGCAGGAGAAGGAAGAACAGGUGGCCCUCACCGAGGCUCGCCCGAGCAAGCCCGAGGAGGAGGUGACUGACGCUCCGGUGGUUGGCUUCAGCGAGGCAGUUGGCGCCGCUCCCGAGGAGGACUGGAACGCCCAGGUGGCCGAAGAGUGGACUGCCCAGCCGGUCGCCCCCGGUGGCAUGACCGAGGACUGGGGCGCUGCCACCCAGGACUGGACCUCUGCGGCCUAA